UGCUAAAACCUGUCAUUUUUCCGUGACACAGAUUGUGUUAAAAUUUGUAAAAAAUUAUUUUAAACAUUAACAACAUGGAUAAUUUGGAAUGUUGGAUAUCUCGCAAACUGGAUGACCUUUUGGGUAAGCCAAUUCCAAGCUACAUAUUGCGACAUAUAGCUGAAAUAAAAAAGGAAGACAAACUGAUAACAUAUUUGGGAUCCAUUUUAAAUUUUGAUAAUGAAGAGCACAGACAAUUUAUUGUAGAUUUGAAAAAACAAAGAGCUAUCAUCAAAGAUCAAGCUAAUAAAAAAGGAGAAGUGAAGACAAAGGAAAAUAAAAAAAACAAACAGAUGCAAGAAACUGUAAAAGUAGAAAAAAUAGAUAAGAAGAAAUCUAAAUUUGUGAAUUUGUAUUCUCAAGAAGGCCAAGAUAAAACAGUAGUUUUAUUAAAAGGUAGACAUAAAUGUGAUUGUGAAGCAAAGAGACAUGCAUUGAUUAACAAUUGCCUCAACUGUGGUAGAAUAGUUUGCUUUCAAGAAGGGUCUGGACCUUGCUUUUUUUGUGGAGAACUUGUAUGUUCACAUGAAGAAGAAGCCACUAUUAAUAGUACAAAGAGACAAGCUGAUCAAUUGUACAAUAAAUUGAUGAACCAGAAACCUAAUAAAUAUCUGGAAGAAUCCAUAAAACAAAGAGACAAACUUAUAGAAUAUGAUCGCAAUGGAGUGCAAUGCACAAAAAUAAUUGAUGAUGAAUGUGACUAUUAUCAGUCAAGUAAUAUGUGGUUAACAGCUGAGCAACGGGAAAAAUCAAAGAAGUUUGAAGAAAACAUGAGUCAAACAAAACAUAUGUCACGUCUAAAUAGAAAACUUCAUAUAAACUUUGAUUUUACAGGCAGAGAAGUAACAGAAGACAAUUCAGUUGAGGACUUUAAUGAAUUCAAUGAAGAACAGUUUCAAGACAUCCUAGAGUCAUUCAGUGAUAGUAGUAGUAAUAUUUGCCCAAAUAUAGAAUUUAAUCGUCCAAUGUACAUAGAAUCAGAUGAGUCUGAACUACAAAUGUUGAAAGCAAACAUUCCUUUAAAGACAAGGAAUGUUGUUCAAGAUAAAGAAUUUUUAGAAAUGUGUGAUCCUGGUUUAUGUUUGAGCAUGCAUCAACCUUAUGCAUCCUUAUUAGUAGCUGGAAUAAAAGUUCAUGAAGGUCGUAUUUGGUACUCGUCGCAUAGAGGAAGAUUGUGGAUUGCUGCAGCAUCUAAAACUCCAACCAAAGAAGAAAUUUCAAAUAUGGAACAUUAUUACCGUGUUUUAAAAGAUGAAAAACUCAAAUUUCCUGAGAGUUAUCCAACGAGUUGUUUGUUAGGAUGUGUAUCUGUUGUUGAUGUUUUGCCGCAAGAAGAAUACAGAAAGUCUUAUCCAGAAGGGGAGAGUGAUAGCCCUUAUGUUUUUAUAUGUGAAAAUUUUUAUACAUUGCCAAUUAAAUUUCCAAUGCAAGGAGCACAUAAAAUUUAUAAAUUGGACAAGAAAAUUCAUUACGCCGCUCUUAAAAUUAUAGAAAAAAUGCUAUCAAAUAUUCUUGAUGAUAAUUCCUUACUAGCUCAAUCUUUAAACAUAUGCAGAUAUUCUUAA